AUGAGUGAAGGCAUAGCAGCACUGCUCUUGCUGCUUCUGGUGCUGGCGCUGGUGUGGUGGAACCGGGGUGCGCAGGGCCUGCAGACGCAGGGCACCCUACCCCCAGGGCCUGCACCGCUCCCGCUGCUGAGAAAUUUGCUGCAGCUGGGGUCCGGACACCUGGACCGUGCACUGAUGGACCUGUCCGGCUGCUGGGGCCCGGUGUUCACGGUAUGGCUGGGCCCGCGCCCUGCGGUGGUGCUGUCCGGCUACGCAGCACUGCGGGACGCAUUAGUGGUGCAGGCGGAUGCCUUCUCCGGCCGCGGGGCCAUGGCCGUCUUCGAACGCUUCACGCGCGGAAACGGCAUCGUGUUUUCCAACGGGCCGCGCUGCCACACGCUGCGCAAUUUCGCACUUGGAGCUUUGAAGGAGUUCGGGGUGGGUACGCGGACUAUCGAGGAGCGCAUCCUGGAGGAGGCGGUUUGUCUACUUGGCGAAUUUCAAGCCACCAUUGGAGCCCCAUUCGACCCCGGGCGGCUGCUAGAUAAUGCUGUCUCCAAUGUUAUUUGUUCCGUGGUCUUCACGAACUGCUACAGCUAUGAGGACCCGGAGUUCCUGAGGCUCCUGGACCUCUUCAAUGACAACUUCCGCAUCAUGAGUUCCAGAUGGGGCGAGAUGUACAUUUUCCCCUCCCUCCUGUACUGGCUCCCAGGCCCUCACCACCGAAUCUUCCAAAACUUCGCGGAGCUGCGUGUCUUCAUCUCUGAGCAAAUCCAGCAGCAUCGGCAGACGCGACAGCCGGGCAAGCCCCGCGAUUUCAUCGACUGCUUCCUUGACCAGAUGGAUAAGGCCCACCCCCCCAACCCUCUCCAGCCGCCGGCCAACAGGUGCUCGGUCCGCGACACUAGCAGGCUCCUUGCGCCACAGGAACCGCAAGACCCGGAAAACCAUUUCCAGGAGGAGACAUUGGUGAUGACAACGCACAACCUUUUCUUCGGCAGUACCGAGACCACGAGCACCACCCUGCGCCACGGUCUUCUCAUUUUGCUUAAGUACCCAGAGGUGGCAGCGAAGGUGCAGGCGGAGCUGGACGCCGUGGUAGGUCGGACCCGCAUCCCGAGCCUGGCAGACCGCGCGCACCUGCCUUACACUAACGCUGUGCUGCACGAGAUCCAGCGCUUCAUCAGCGUCCUCCCGCUAGGGCUACCGCACACCCUCACUUGCGAUACCCACCUGCGUGGGCACUUCCUGCCCAAGGGAACCUUUGUGAUCCCCCUGCUUGUGUCUGCGCACAGGGACCACACCCAAUUCAAGGACCCUGACUGCUUCAACCCCACCAACUUCCUGGACAAGGGCGAGUUCCAGAGCAACAAUGCCUUCAUGCCCUUUGCCCCAGGUCUGGGCCCCUGAGGGAGGGAACCAGCCUGCACAGGCCUGAGCGGGUGUGCCCGCUCAGAGAUCUUCCUCUUCCUUACUGCCAUCCUGCAGCAGUUCCACCUGCUCCCCGUGGAGAACCCUGCCAGCAUCGACCUUACCCCCCGGUGCACUGGCCUGGGCAACGUCCCCCCAGCCUUCCAGCUCCGCCUGGUGGCCCGCUGAGGUCAGGCCCCACCACCCUCAGUUCCCUGGCCCUCAGGCCUCCUCAACCCUUUGGUCAAUAAAGGCCCUAAA